AUGAAAAAUUUGUUAACUACACGAUCGACUAAUCUUUCAAUUUUCUUAACAGCCAAACAUGGUAUUUCACUACAUACACAAUCAAAUGCAUUAUAUGCUAAUAAAUCUGGUCAUUUAUUUAGGCGUUUAAUGAAUGUUCAAUAUGUGGAACAAUUGGAACCUAAUUUGCCAGGUCCUAUAUAUGCAUUAGUAAAAUGGUGGUUUAAAAUAAGACCUUUUAAAGCAGAACUAGCAGAUCUUCGUCGUCGUAUUCAACGUAAUAAAGAAGGAUUUGAGACAAAAAUUCACUCAAGAACACGUUAUUUUGUUAGAUUUCCGUUUUUAACAGAUGAAGAGUUUUCAAAGUGGUUAGUUACUACUGACAGUAGUCAUGGUGAAGGUUAUUCAUGGGCUGAAUUUGUGCGAUCGCCUAGAUCAGCUGCGGGUUGUGCUAAUGCAUUUGGUUUAAAUGAAAGUGUUUAUCCAGAAAGUGCAACAACAUCAGAAAACAGUGAUGAAACAGGGGAAAAAAUAAAAACAUCGAUAAUAUCAUCAUUUGAUGACCCAAACAAAGACCAUGAAUUUGGUUAUACCCACCCAGUUUCAUAUCCAAAAUUCUUAUAUCGACCUGGUGGUAAACAGGCAAGUUCGGCAGCUAUUGUUAUGACAUCGUCUGAUCCAAAGUUUAAAGGCUACGGUCAUUUUCGAGGUUUCAUUAGUACACGUGUGCCUAAACGAGGCGAUCUAGUUCAUGCAGGUUUUGCAAAUCUCCGCAGUCCAGAAAGUAAAUUAUUUGGAUGUGUUAUGCCAUAUGGUUGUGAAGCUUACUCACAUUUAAUUAUCAGAUAUCGUGGAGAUGGUCGAAAAUACCAAAUUGUUGUGCUACCUCGUGCAGAAUGGGAUUUUUACCGUUUCAAUACACAUCAGUUUACUUUGUACACUCGAGGUGGACCAUAUUGGCAAAUAGCUAAAAUCCCAUUAUCCAAAUUUUAUCAUACGAGUUCAAGUAUUAUGCAUUAUAGACAAUUUCCUGUGGAUCUAGGACGUAUGCGCCUUCUUUCAUUUACUAUAAUGGAUGAUAUUGAGGGGCCAUUUAGUUUGGAGUUGGACUAUAUCGGUUUAUAUUUUGAUGAACAACAGAAUGAGGUCUUUGAUUAUGAACAAUAUAGCAAAUCAGGAACAAAUUCAAAUCAGUUUUCGGAUCUAGAAGUUCGCCUAUCAAAAAUGUGUGAUGUUAUGCCCACUAUAUCGGAGGACGGUAAUUCGAGUCAAGGAGAUCGAGACUCACAAGCAAGUGGAGAGGGAACAAACGUUGAAGAUAUGCUAUUGAGUAUAUUGGAUGAACGUGAUAGACUAAUGGAAAGCCUACAUGAUGCACAAGAUCAGUUGGUAUUUACACAGAAUAGGCUUGCGGAAGCUGAAAGAGAAAGAGAUGUUUUAAAUAGACAGUUAUCUGAAAAACUUCCUGAAGAUUUAUCUUUACUGGCCAAAGAAGUACAUCGUUUACGUGAUCAGAUUUCUGAACGAGAAGAAGAAAUUGUUGAAUUGAAAUCGGAAAGAAAUAAUACAAGGCUUCUUUUAGAACAUUUAGAAUGUUUAGUUGCUAGACAUGAACGUUCAUUAAGAAUGACAGUUGUAAAACGACAAGUAAAUAGUCCUGGUGGUGUUAGUUCUGAAGUUGAAGUAUUAAAAGCAUUAAAAUCAUUAUUUGAACAUCAUAAAGCAUUAGAUGAACGUGUACGUGAACGUUUACGUACAGCAUUAGAACGUGGUGCACAAUUAGAAGAAGAAGUACGUUCAUCUGCUGCUGAUCGUGCUGCAUUAAGAGAACAAUUAGCUGCAGCAUUAGCUGGUGUAGCUGCUGCUGCAACAGCAGUUCAACAAAGACAACAACAACAAAUUGCAUCAUCUGUAAAUGGAAAUGUUGAUUCUAAUCAUAUCACACAAAUCAGUAAAGAUGAUGUUGAUGGAAAUGAUGUUGGCAAUAAACUAGCCUCAUUACCUCCAGGUGGACCACCAAUCACAUCAAAAGAUUCAAACGAUGAAAGUUCAUCAGCAGUGAAUUCUUCAGAAAAUUCCGGUGCAAAAACAGUUGCAUCAGUUGCUGCAGCUGCAGCGGCUGCUGCUGCCAGUGCUGUAGCUGUUGAACGUAAACUUGUUGAAGUCACUACAAAAUCUAGAGAUUUAGAGGCAUCUAAUACAACAUUACAAAAGGAAUUAUCACGUGCUCAUGAUCAGAUUUCUCGUUUACAAAGAGAAUUAAGAGAGUUGGAAGCUCAACGUGAAGAUCAAGAAGCUCGUAUCGCAACUUUGGAACAACGUUAUCUUGCUACACAACGUGAAGCUACUGGUACGUUGGAUAGACUUAGUCGAGCUCAGUCAGAAUUGAUUACACGUGAAAUUGAAUUGAAACAAGCAAAAGAUCAUGCCAAUCAUUUGGUUAGCGAAUUAGAAACAGUACAAAAUGAAUUAGCCAUUGUCAAAGUGAAUACAAUGCAACAAAAUGAGAAAGUGAAUACACCUGCAACUGUAGCAACAACAACAUCGACAGAACACUCAGCUAUUGAAAAUGGUGGCGAAUUUAUUGAAUCUAUUGAAAAUGAAACUAUUUCCGAUGAUGAAAAAACUAAUAAAAACAGCAAAAGUUCUCAUUUAGUUAGUAAUAAUAACAGUAACAAUAAUAAUCCUAAUGUGACAGUUGUUGAUGAAUUACGUGUACAAUUAUCUACAGCUGAAGAACGUAUUAAAGAUAUGGAAGUUGAAAUGAAUGAAAUCCAAUCAGAAUUACAAAGAGCUAGACAACGUGAACAAUUAAACGAGGAUCAUAGUUCACGUUUAACUGCGACGGUUGACAAAUUACUAUUGGAAUCUAAUGAACGAUUACAGACACAUUUACGUGAGAAAAUGGCUGCAUUAGAAGAAAAAAAUCAAUUACAUACAGAAUUAGAUCGUCUUAGACGUCUUCUAGAAACAAGUCAAACCGAACGAGAUCGAGCUCUAGCUGAUAUGGAACGACUAAGACGUAGUUCUGCUACAACAACGCCAACUGCACUUGCUCUACAAGGUGACUCGUAUUCAAGUGGUUCUCACAGCCUUCGUAGAUUGCCUCGUAAUGCUUCCAGCAGUAGAACAGAUCAAACCCUUCUCGACAAUGAAGAAGGGAAUUUAGAUGAACUAGAAAAUAACAGUAGUUCUCUCAAAAGAAUCCAACGAAAAAUUGGUGGUUCUGAUUGGAUUGAUUCAGAUGGUGAUACAACAACAAGUCCAGUAAGCAGAGGUCAGUCAGAAAUUGGGACUAAUAAUACAGAUGCACAAAGAUUAGCACUGUUGAUUCAAAAUCAAUUGGAUGCAAUAAAUAAAGAGAUCAAAAUGAUACAGGAAGAGAAACAAACUGCUGAACAGUUAGCUGAAGAGCUAGAAUUACGUGUUAGUUGUACUGGUACAAAUCGUAAUGGCAGUUCACAGGGACAAUUAAUCGAUGAUUAUUACAAUCAACAACGUGGUAAUGAUAUAAAUGAUGCAUAUUACUAUUCUAAUCAAGACGGACGUCUUAAUGCAAAUAAUGUUAUGCCAAGUUUAUUACCUAAUUUUGGUCCAACUGGUUGGUCGCCUCCACCAUCACCAUUAAGUUCUAGGUCAACACCGUUCGGUGGUAUUUCUAGUGAUUCUUUUAGUGGUAGUUUUAACAAUCCUAAUCGAAAUACAACAUCGUCAAUAUUGUCAUCUGGGGUAGUUAGUAAAGAAUCUGAACGGUCCAUUCCUCAAUAUGCUGCUCCUACUCCAUUGGCCGGGGAUCCACGUCGUAAUCUUCAACAUCAGCCCAUGCAAUAUUCACAACCGAGUGGUAAUGGCGGUUUUAUGUCACGUAGUAGUCAAUUUGAACAACAACGAUCAAUGUCAGCCGCUGGACGUCCAAUACAUCAGGCUCUGAGUAUGAAUGGUGGUAAUUCACUGUCCACACCACAUCUUAAUCCUCAGUCAUCAUCCUCUUCAUCUUCAUCGCCAUCUGUUACACUGUUAGGUCAAAAUUCACAUAAUUCAAAUAAAUUAACAAUUACAACAACUACAGCAACAACGUCAACAUCUACACUAAUAACUAAUGGUUCAACUAGAAGUGUAACAUUGGCUGAUGCUAUUGCUGGCCUUGAAUUCUUAGAUCAAAUGCGUAAAGAACGUAGUACACAACAACAACCGAAGAACAAUAAAUUCACUUCAUGUAUGAUUACUGAGAACCCGUAUGAAUUCGGACCAGAUGAAUAUGCAACAUCAUCUAUGGUGGAAACAAAUCGUUUACAUUCUAACUCUGAAGUCAAUUCUUUGGAGUCAAAUUCAAAAUCCAAUCACGAUCAUCAACAACAGCAUAAAAAGACACAACCAGUUGAAGAAACAAGACGAUUACGGAAAGUCCCUAAUGAUAGUGAUAGUUUUAUUGUGAAGAACAAUGAAUUUGUUCCAACAGAGAAUAUAACAUCAAAGGUUAACAAUGGUGGCUUAAUUACUUCGGAUGAUUUAUUACAAAAUAAUGUAAUCAAUCAACCACUUCGACCUGCAUCACAAUUAAAUUAUCACUUACCUGUUGCUACUCCAACUGGCGCUGGUGCACCUCCACCACCACCUAUUAAUCCAAAUACAGUGAACAACGUACCACCCCCUUCAACAAUACCAGCACAAGAUUUAAUGAAUAGUACUAAUAUGUACUUUAGAAAUAAUUAUCGUACUAAUCUACCAACGUGUACCACCGGUAUUGGCUAUCCACCUGGUUCUUUAUCAGUUAUGUCAGUAGAUAGUCCUGAAGAAGAAGGCUCUUCAGCUGCUUCGGACUCGUUAGUUUACAAUCAGACAAUCGAAGGUCAACCAUCAGGUCAACAGCAACAACAACAAACAAUACCACUUACAUCAGCACAAAAUAUCCCAUUAAUGAAUAAACAGUUUUAUCAGCAACAAUUACAGUUCCGACAGCAAUCUAUUUCGGAUCAACCUAUGACAACGUUAACUCAACAACCACUUUAUCAAAGAGAUUAUGAACAACAACAACAGCAGCAGCAGAUCCAACAAUUACAGUUUACUCAUUCAACAAGACCUCCCCAUUUACAAAUGAAUUCUAUGCCAAUAUAUCAUCAUCAACAACCUAUAGGAUUGUAUCAAAAUUAUCUACGGUCAAUUGGACCUAGAAAUCAAUUAUACAACAUUAUUGAUGGUCAACAACAACAACAAAUCAAUUCAGUUUCUCGGUUAGAUUCAACACAAUCAUUUUUUUCACCUACACCAUCACCUACACCAAGUAAGAAGAAAUCGCGUAUGUUAUCUGGUACAUUUGGUCGAUUAUUUCGACGUAAUCAGUCAAGUAAUAUAACUGGUAAUAGUGGUGUUGGUACUGUCAGUGGACCAUUUGAUGUGGCACAAUAUUCACAAAAUUAUUAUUUUGUACCAAAUCAUAUUAAUCAGUCAAUGCGAAUAUCAGCUUCACCACCAAUACGUCUUGGUUCGCCAAUGAUACAUACAUCAAUUACUAAUAAUACAAAUACAAAUAAUAGUGCUACUAACAAUAAUAAUAGUAAUAACAAUAACAUUCGAUAUUCUAUGCAACAGCAACCUAUGAGUCCACAACCGAUAGCUGUCGGCUCAGGAGGACAUCAAUCAUUAUCAUUACCACUACCACCACCACCGCCUUCAGUACAGUAUCACCCGUCAAUGUCCAAUCAAGCACAAAUGACACAACAACAGCACCAACUCCUUAUAGAACAACAACAGAUGUAUCAGUUUAGGCAACGACAACAAGGUUUGGAAUAUGAUGAUGGAUGUAAUGGACCAAAUCUUAUUACUGGAGGAUCUAUAUCACCACUGUCGUCAUCUACUGUGUCAGGAAGUCUUUCUGAAUCAACUAUUCCAUCAAAUAGUAGAAUAAUGAGUCCAAAUCCUAUGUCUUUGACUAUGGGUAGUAGUGGUGGUCAACUGGCUAAUACAACACUACCACCACAAGUCCCUGAAGAACGUCGACGUUGGAAAAAGGAGGAGUUAUUAGAACAAGCUAUGAUGGCUAGAUUACCAUUUGCACAAUGGAAUGGCCCUACAGUAGUAGCAUGGCUUGAGCUUUGGGUUAGCAUGCCCGCUUGGUAUGUAGCUGCUUGUAGAGCGAAUGUUAAAUCCGGUGCAAUAAUGGCAUCAUUAUCUGAACAAGAAAUACAACGUGAAAUUGGCAUUAGCAAUCCAUUGCAUCGACUUAAACUACGUUUAGCUAUACAAGAAAUGGUUGCUUUAACUUCACCAACUCCAGUUCCUAAGCCUAGUACAAGUCGUCUUGCUUUCGGUGAUAUGAAUCAUGAAUGGGUUGGUAAUGUAUGGCUUCCUAGUCUUGGUUUAGCGCAAUAUCGUCCAGCAUUUAUGGAAUGUUUAGUUGAUUCACGGAUGCUUGAUCACUUAACCAAACGUGAUUUAAGAACACAUUUAAAAAUGGUUGAUAAUUUACAUAGGACUAGUUUAUUAUAUGGUAUUGUUUGUUUAAAACGGUUAAAUUAUGAUCGAUUGGAAUUAGAACGUAGACAACGUGAAGCUGCUCAUCCCGAUAGUAUUGAUUUAUUAGUUUGGUCAUGUGAACGUGUCCAAGCUUGGUUAGAUGAAAUUGGUCUAAAAGAAUAUGCACCAAAUUUAAAUGGAUCUGGCGUACAUGGCGGUGUGAUUGGUUUACAUCCAGAUUUAAAUCCUCAACAAUUGGCUUUAACAUUACAAAUACCUACAUCGAAUACAUCAGCUCGUGCUAUAUUAGCUAAAGAAUUAACUCAACUUGUACAACGUUUUCGUGCUAACGUACCAAUCGCAGCGGCUAGUAUUGGACCAGCUCCUAGAGUACUAGCAAUGGAAGCCGCUGCUGUUGUUGCAGCAAAUAGAGCUCGUGCAAAAUUUGAAGGUCAAGAUAUUUGUUAUCCAGAUGACGGAUUUAAUGAAACAGCUAUUACUAACGAUUGUGAUGGAAUAGAACAAAUAGAGGACAGAACUACGCCUACAAAUAUUUCUGAACGAAAUCUCAAAGAUGCACAAAGAACUCAAUUAGAAUUAUCUAAUUCUAACUCAGAUAAAAGUGGUGGUAUUAAAACAACCGAAAUAUUAUCAUCAUCCUCUGAUCUCGGAUUAGAUUGUUCCAUCACUAUAAAUAAUACUCCUACUAGUACUAAUGCCAGUAAUGUAAUUCCACAUAGUAGUAAUACUUCUGUUGGACCUCCCACUACAGUAUCACAAAAGAAACGAGCUCCUCAGGUACCUUCUGUUAGUUUGAAUAUUACUAAUACAAUUCCUGUAACAAGUGCUACAGCUCCAGUAACAAAUAAAACAACCACAUCUUGA